GUUUCAUCUUCCCGCAGAAAAUAGGGUGUCGAAUCUGUCUUAUAACCUCCGUUAUAUUUAUUACUAUUUAAAGAUCGAAGAUGUAUUUCUUAUGAUAAUUGUGAUUUUAUUUGUGCAAAGGUUGUUCUAAGUGAUGUUGUGUAAGAUCAGCCGUGUUCUUGCGGUCGUUCUGUAGCAUUUUUAAAAAUUAAACAUGGCCUCGAACCGUGGAAUUCAGAUUGGAUCCGCGUGGUUUCAACGGAAGCUAAACUUGAGACCGCAACACCGAGGCGUGCACCUUGUUACCGAGGAAAUCCUCAAGCAGGUGCCCGAACUGUCUCAGUUUGCGGUUGGUCUCUGCCAUAUCCAAAUAAUGCAUACUUCAGCAAGUUUGGCACUCAAUGAAAGUUGGGAUCCUGAUGUUAGAGACGACAUGGAGAUGAUGCUUAACAAAAUAGUACCAGAAGGCCUUCCUUAUCGACAUUCUUGUGAAGGACCUGAUGAUAUGCCAGCACAUGUGAAAGCAUGUUUCUUAGGAUCAUCUCUAACUAUCCCAAUCACAGAUGGCAAGUUAAAUCUUGGAACAUGGCAAGGAGUUUGGUUAUGUGAACAUCGGAAUCACGCUGGCAGCCGAAAGGUUGUGGUAACCUUGUCUGGUUGUCCGCGCGACUCCCCACUGUCGCCGGUGUCCGCCGCCUCUUGCUCCAGUUAGGAAAGGGGGGGGGGCGCGACCCCCCACACGCACUCCCACUCGCGCCCCUCCUCCAAGAGCACGCGGAGGUAAACCCCGCGUAACACCUUUUAUAUCCCACACAUAAAUUAGAUGAUAGUCCUUAUUCUUACCUUAAAAUGACAAUAUGUACAUAAGAUAAAUAUUAUGUAACGCUUUGCAUGGCAGUUUGCAUGGGCCUCUUCCUUCAUCUUUGCUUUAAUGGUCAACAUAUUUUUGUUUUCUCCGAUGCAUUGUAAUCCUUAACAACCCCUUAUAUAUUUGAACUUAUGAUUGCAAAACUACAAUCCCAAUGUAGUACUAUUCCGCCUCACUGUCAAAUUGCCAUGCAAUGUAUAAAGCCCUAUUAAUAUUACGUUCACUUAACAUGAGCUGAACCCGUUGAAUUUGUACAUAAUUAUAAUGUACGACAAUUUUAAAGUAUACAUGAAGUAAUUAAAUUGUUGUUUUGUUAUUGCAACUUGUCAAUAAUGUACAUAGAUCACGCGUGGGCAUUGUAACAUUAACGCUUUGUAGGUUCGGUUGUUAAACGGGUCGAUGUGACAGUUAUUUUUGAACAUAAAUAAGUGCAAUGUGUUUGUAUGGUGGUUAGAAUGAGUUAAUUUGUAUGAAUUGUCUAUUUUCACUAUGCACUUGUUUAAAUUUUCAAAAAGCCCUCCGGGGAGGUACACUAUGUUUUUUUAUCAAAACACAACAUAACACUAUUUACAUCUGACACUGAUUUUACACAAACUUUGUCUGUAAUGGCACUGGUUAACUGUUCAUGUAAGUUUAUAAGGUGCAUAUAAAUAGGCAAUUAGUUAAGUGCAUCUAAAAACCAUUCUUUCUUCAUGUUAAGGUUAGAUAUUAUAGAACAUGAAACAUGUCCAUAGCUUUAAAUGUGUCGCACUCGUUGUAUCAACGGGUCAUCUACAUGAUGAGAGCGAGGGAAAAUCACCAAUUAGUAUAUAGUAGUAAUAUCAUUACUUAUAAGGUCAUUUAAGUGCCUCGAUUCCUUUGGGGUGGUCAUGUGUUCAUUUGCAGACAUGUUUCAUGCAUUUUGGAUAUUUUGGAAGUUGAAUUGAUGGACUGAUUCCUUUCAGUAUACAUAUAUAUGUGCAUAUAAAUGAAAUCAUUGCAUAUUGGAACAUUUUAAAUUGUUAUGUUCAGAAAUCAUCAUUUAAUGGUUUAAUGGUAUCAAUCAUGUCUAUGUUUAACAAUGUCAGUUGUUUUUUGUUGCAUAUUUGAAAGCAUAUAUAUGUAUAGUUGUACGUCUUCCUACGUAAGUUCAUCAAAUAAGAUCCAGAUUAGUGUAAUUAUGGAGAUAAAGUUACUGAAAUAUGUGAACGGUAUUAGGGUAUGGCAACACCUCUAUAUCCGGCCACAAUAUAAUUUAGGCUGUAACAAUAUUAUGAUAGGAAGCUUCAGUACCAAGUCUUUGGUGGCUUAGAGGAGUAUAGGUGUUAAUAUAGAAGUGUAAAAUGGAUUAACCAAUAGCAAGUGUCGUUUUUAUAUGAAUCAAAGUGUAGAAUAUUUCAUCGUGAUGUUUAUUACUGAGUCAUUAAUAUGUCGGAAAAAUCACUCUAUUUUAUAUUAUGAUCGAUAUUUUCUUUUGUCUUGAAAUUACGUUGGCAAGAGCUUUAUACUAAAAUGAGAUAGUUGUUAUUCUUCUAUCCGUAUUGGUGUUAAGCUAUGUAUUUAUAAUUUAAAUUUAAUUUUGAAAUUAUGAAUCCAUCUUCAUCGCUUGUAUUGCACAAUGUAACUGGGGAAAUAGUUAGGUUUUAAAGAAAUAUAAAUAGUCUAAUAUGGGUUAGGAGGUUCAUAGCAUUGUCUGUGGGAGUGACUGGUACCUCUUGAUUUGCCCGUCCGGGGCACAAUUUAUACACGCACAAAGAGGACAGGCCGCAGACGUGUAAUUAUUCUUUUGAUACCGCAUUGUACAAAGAGUAGAUGACACAGACAUGAUUCGUUUUCCCGCCGACUACUUUAAUCUUUGUCCAUAUUCAUAUUAGAACUCUUUUUGUUUUUUUUGUAUACACAAUGUCAGAUUAAAUUUCUAUAAACAUAUCUAGUUUGCAUCAACAAUAUAUUUGAUAUAUAUCUAUGUAUGCUUAUCUAUACAAGUUUGUAAUUAAGCACAAAUUACCAAUUAAUUUUUCACUUAGAUUGCCUUGGUAAUAUUUCACAUUUUGUCUUUUGGAUAGGAUUUUUGAAUGAGGGUUCGGGGCUGGUUUGAUAAGUGCUUUUUAACAAUAUUUAAGGUUUGUAUAUAUUUUUUGCAAUAAAAUAACAUAUAUUCAUGUAAAUAAUAUUUAUUCAUGUAUAAAAGAUGUUGAGUGCUAUUUGUAUGUGGGUGUAGUAAUGCCACUGCCAUAAACAAAUUUGCCUCUUUACAGAUUAUAUUGGGUAUGAAUAUUAUUUUGGCAUGUUAUUGUCAAUUCUAUGUUUUUUUUUAUUAAGUCACUAAUUUAUAAAUAUAUAUGUAGGUAUAAGUAAAUAGUAAUUUUUCCAAAGUGAAAUGGCUGUAGCGACUGGUUCGCUUAGAUUUAUCUUACAUUCCUUUUUAUACAUACAUAUAUCCAUACAUUCCUUAGUGUCCACGGGCAUUGUUAAUUUUUAGUUUGGCAAAAUUAUAGAAUACAAUCAUAUUUAUU